AUGAUCGAUAUUCCUGCAGAGGAUUCGGAUUACGAGGAGGGAAAGCACCGGAUAAAUGCCAAAGGACUGAGGGUAUAUAUGCCUAGAACUGAUGCCAGUAAUCAAAGGCUAAUUCAGACUCGUGUUAGGCCUCGCGAUAGACAGCAGGAUGCUAUCGACGAUUUAGACCCCAAAUACCUUAGGAAGUAUCCUUUGGAUGUCGGGGUUGCUGACCCAAACUUCUUACAGGGGACGAUCUGGACACCUGCCGGGAUAGCAGCCAAGAGAGCUGCUGACGCACUCCCGGCUGCUGGUGCUGGAGGUGGUGGUGGCGGUGGUGGUGGAGGUGGUGGAGGUGGUGGUGGUGGAGGUGGUGGUGGUGGAGGUGGUGGAGGUGGUGGUGGUGGUGGUGGUGGUGGUGGUGGUCUAGGACCUCCACCGCCUCCGGGUGGACCUCCUCCUCCUCCGGGCGGCGGUGGUGGUGGAGGACCAGCUGGAGGCGGUGGUGGUGGUGGUGGUGGGCCAGCUGGAGGCGGUGGUGAUGGUGGUGGUGGGCCAGCUGGAGGCGGUGGUGAUGGUGGUGGUGGUGAUGGUGGUGAUGGUGGUGGUGGUGGAGGACCAGCUGGAGGCGGUGGUGAUGGUGGUGGAGGACCAGCUGGAGGCGGUGGUGGUGGUGGUGGUGGGCCAGCUGGAGGCGGUGGUGAUGGUGGUGGUGGGCCAGCUGGAGGCAGUGGUGAUGGUGGUGGUGGUGAUGGUGGUGAUGGUGGUGGGCAUCAUUAG